AUGCGUGUCUUGCGUGACUGUUACUGCCUUACGGAGGACGCGACCAAGAAAGAGAUCAAGACUCAAUUCUACAAACUCUCAAAACUCCAUCACCCUGACAAGAACGCCUCAGAGUCAUCUCGCCUCGAAUUCCUCGCCAUUAACGAGGCAUACUCGACCAUAGGCGACGACCGUCGUAGACGUGACUAUGACCUCACUCUCCGCGACAGGACCGGAUCCCUCUACUCUAAUUCUUCAUCCUCAACAUCAGGUGCACCACUACGCGGAUCACUCAGGAGAACACCCUUCCGACACUCUGCUCAAUCCGCCGCAGCGGCUGCUGCAGCGAGAAAACAUGCAUCCUAUCGAUCAACGUUCGGGAUGGGCGGCGUUAGUGGAGGCAGUGGAGGCGGUGGAGGAGGUGGCGGGGGGCCUGUCCCACAUUUCGAUUCGAAAUCUCACCAGGAGAUGCAUUACGAACAGGAGUUGCGGCAGGAGGAGAGGAGACAGGCUAGGGAGCGCGAGAGUGAGGAUGCGAAAUGGCGCAAGACCUAUGAAGAAUCUGAUAGCGCUACGGGGAAGAUCUUUCGUGUUACGUUUGUCUUUUUGUCGAUUUUGGUUGCUACCUCCUUCAUGAGGGCAUUUGCAGAGGAGAACGAGGAGGAUGAGCAGAACGAGGAUCCAAGAAGGAGGAGGAGUUAUUAUCGCUCUUCAUUGGUCGUGUCACACCGGCAUCACGAUGUCAGCAGUGAUGACGAUAGGAUAUCAUUAGAUCCGUCGUUCAAUUGCGAUCUAGGGUGA